UGGAUUGCCCCACCCCAUCGCGUGGUGAUCGGCGGGCGGGCGGCGGCCAUAUUAUUAGUGAGGUGUCAGUAUUUUCUCAACGUGACGGGAUUUUUGGGUGUGGAUCGCACAAUUUCCCGUCGUUCCUUGGUAGCGUGCAUUAGUGCAAGUGUAAGUGCGACCGGUCCACCGUGAAUGUGUGGUACACGUGUCAAAGGAACACCCUCUGACAUAGAGAAAACAAAUUAAAAACUUUAUUUUCUCGUCCUGUAAGAAGAAAAACACAAAAUCACCAUGCCGAAGUCGAUGAACGUCAGGGUGACGACGAUGGACGCCGAGCUGGAGUUUGCCAUCCAGCAGACGACCACCGGCAAGCAGCUUUUUGAUCAAGUUGUUAAGACAAUUGGUCUCCGUGAAGUUUGGUUUUUUGGCCUUCAGUACACUGACAAUAAGGGUGAUCUAACGUGGAUCAAAUUGUACAAAAAGCGUGGACUUCCGUUCUUGUCUAGGGUGGUACCGUGCGGUCUUCGAAAGAUCUUCCACGUGAUGAACCAGGAGGUCAAAAAGGAGACCCCAUUGCAGUUCAAGUUUCGUGCGAAAUUUUAUCCCGAAGACGUUGCGGAGGAAUUAAUACAGGAUAUUACGCUUCGUCUUUUUUAUCUGCAGGUGAAAAAUGCUAUACUCAGUGAUGAAAUUUACUGCCCACCUGAAACAUCGGUAUUGCUUGCAUCUUAUGCGGUUCAAGCUAGACAUGGUGAUUUUCAAAAAGGAACUCACACUGCCGGCUUUUUAGCUAAUGAUCGUUUGUUACCACAAAGAGUUGUUGAUCAACAUAAAAUGAGUAAAGAAGAAUGGGAGAGUUCGAUAACUAAUUGGUGGCAAGAACAUCGUGGUAUGUUAAGAGAAGAUGCUAUGAUGGAAUAUUUGAAGAUUGCUCAGGACUUAGAAAUGUAUGGAGUUAAUUAUUUCGAAAUUCGUAAUAAAAAAGGAACAGAAUUAUGGUUGGGCGUCGAUGCUUUAGGUUUGAAUAUUUAUGAAAAGGAUGAUAAACUUACACCUAAGAUCGGUUUUCCAUGGUCCGAAAUAAGAAAUAUUUCUUUCAAUGAAAAGAAAUUUAUUAUUAAACCGAUAGAUAAGAAAGCACCAGACUUCAUUUUCUUCGCUACAAGAGUCAAGAUUAAUAAAAGAAUUUUGGCACUUUGUAUGGGCAAUCAUGAAUUAUAUAUGCGUAGACGUAAACCGGAUACCAUUGAUGUUCAGCAAAUGAAGGCUCAAGCCAGAGAAGAAAAAAUCGCGAAGCAACAGCAAAGGGAAAAAUUGCAAUUAGAAAUUGCAGCGAGAGAACGUGCAGAAAAGAAACAACAGGAGUACGAGGAAAGGCUAAGAAAUAUGGCUGAGGAAAUGGAUAGGCGACAGGCAGAAUUAAACGAAGCUCAGGAAAUGAUAAGACGUUUGGAAGAACAAUUGAAACAAUUGCAGGCUGCGAAGGAAGAAUUAGAAGAUCGUCAAAAGGAAUUAACGGCAAUGAUGGAAAAAUUAGAACUUUCUCAUGAAAUGGAAGCCGCAGAACGUGCUAAGUUAGAACAAGAGAUUAGAGCUAAGCAAGAGGAGGUACAACGUAUACAGUCCGAAGUAGAAGCUAAAGAUGCAGAAGCUAGGAGAUUACAGGAGGAGUUUGAAGCUGCCAAUAGACUCAGGCAAGAGGAAGCUGAUCGAGCUUUUCAAGCUAAUACAACUCCUCAUCAUCAUCAUGUCGAAGAAAAUGAAGAGGGAGAGGAAGAAGGCGAGGAUGAGAUUCCGAAUUGUGAUGUUACUAAAGAUCUUGCUACGGAUGAAUCAAUAAUUGAUCCAGUCGAAGAGAGACGUACUUUGGCCGAAAGAAAUGAACGUCUUAAUGAUCAAUUGAAGGCAUUGAAGCAAGAUCUUGCACAAUCACGAGACGAAACCAAGGAAACUGUCAUGGAUAAAAUUCAUAGGGAAAAUGUUCGUCAAGGACGUGACAAGUAUAAAACGCUACGUGAAAUUCGCAAGGGCAAUACCAAACGUCGUGUCGAUCAAUUUGAGAAUAUGUAAAAUAUGUGCGUAUAUUUAUCCACACGCUCCCCCCCCCAAACCCCACCCCAAUGCAUUUUUAUUAUCUCAUUUUUUGAAUUUCAUCUAUUCCGUAUCAUUAUACGGAGUAUUAUUAUUGCACAUGAGAAAUAGAGAGAGAAAGAGAGAGAGCGAGAGAGAGAGAGAGAGCGAGAGAGAGAGAGAGAAAGCGAGAGCGAGAGAGAGAGAGAGAGAGAGAGAGAGAGAGAGAGAGAGAGGAUUCAAUGUCCUAGGUAUAUAUCACUAUAUCACUAGAUUUUUAUCGUCAUUCCUUUGAAUUGAAAAUUAUUUUACAAUCGAUAUUAAUUCUUGUGCCACGCAACGUAAUUGAUACAUUUUCUUUUUUUUUCUUUUUUUUUUUUCUUUUUUUUUCCCUUUUUUUUUAUAGCGAUUUAUAUAAUCCUAUCGCAUUGAGACAACACACUAUUAUUCAUUCUCAUCAUCUAUAUCAAACUUAUAGAAUUUGAUUUAUAAACACAUUAUGGCAAUGAAUGCUAAACUCUUGUUCAUGAGUUUAACAAAAGGGACGCGACGAGCGAGAUUUAUUAUAUUACGAAUAUAUCUUCCAAAUAUGCUUCCGUAUAUCAAUUAUGAUUUAAUAUCAAACGCGCUUCAUUCUCCAAAAGUUUUUGUGUAUUGGAGAUAGAUCAUUUGUGUCUUUUCUUCGAUAUCAGAAUUUAUAAUAUUCUCUUUAGUAUAAAUAUUUUUUCUUUUUACUGUUUUCUUUCUUUCUUUCUUUCUAUCUUUCUAUCUUUCUUUCUUUCUUUCUUUCUUUCUUUCUUUCUUUCUUUUUUUUUUCUUUUUUUUAAUCUUGAAAAAAUACGUCUCAUUUUUAUUAGAAUAGUAUAUAUUUGGCAAUAAGCUAUAACUCACUCUCUCCUAAUUAUGUUUAGCUAUUUUCUAUCUUUGUUCUUGUGCUCGCGUUUAUUAUAAUUCUAUCGUCAAGAAUGUGCUAAGAAUAUUAUUAUUAUUAUUAUUAUUAUUAUUAUUAUUAUUAUUAUUAUUAUUAUUAUUAUUAUUAUUAUUUUAUUAUUAUUAUUAUUAUUAAUAUUAUUAAUAUUAUUAUUAAUAUUAUUAAUAUUAUUAUUAUCAUCAUCAUCAUGAUCUAUGUUCCUUAUUAUUUGUGUCAUGGACAACAAAAAUUUUGAACGUUCGUCUUCUUCUUUUUCUUCUCUCAUAUAUAUAUAUAUAUAUAUAUAUAUAUAUAUAUACAUAUAUAUAUAUAUAUAUAUAUAUAUAUAUAUAUAUAUAUGUAUAUAUUUUGUUCUCGUCGUAAGUAUUAUCGUUGACCGGUAAAAAAAAAAAAGAAAAAAUAGAAAAAAAAGACGCUUUCAAAAUGGUGCAGACAUAACAUUUCUUUAACAAUUAUUUUUGUCGUCGCGGUCUUCAUCAAACGUACAGGAUGGAUCAAAAGUUCUUAGAUGAUUUUAAAAAUCAAUUACUCUUUUACGAGACUGUAUAGGUCAAUUUUUUUUCUUCUUUUCUCUCUUUUUUUUUUUUUUUUUUUCUUAGAUUGUAUAAGAAAUCUAGAAAGGCUCAAAAAAGAGUAAUUUAUUAUGAAAAUCUAGUAGGAACAUUUGAUCCAUUCUGUACAUACAUUGUUUAUUCUCCGUCCUUCGUAAGGAUAAUAUUUGAAGAUACACAUACACACACACACACACACACAUACACGCAGAUAGACAGACAUAUCCUCUCCUUAGCAUGUAUAUUACCAUUUGACAAUUGUCAAUGAUAAUGUGGCGUUGUGUAACUAUAUCUAUGAGUCCAACAAGAUAUAAAUAGUUUUAGAUUUGGGACAAGUUCGUAUAUUAAAAAAAAAAAAAAAAAAAAAAAAAAAAAAGAAAAGAAAAUUAAUACUUUUCUCUCUCCGAGGAUUUUUAAAUGAAACCGAAUAUAUCAUCGAAGUUGAUUUGUGUUUCUUUCUUUUUUCUUUUUUUCUCUUUUUUCUUUUUUUUUUCUUUAGGAAGACAUCGACAAUUCUGAUUAGGAAAAAAAAAUGUAUAGAAUUAGAACUGCAAUUAUUUGCAAUAUUUUGGCGAUUGUUGAGAUAAUGAUAUAAUGCGAUGUGAACAAUAGUAAUAACAAUGAAAAAAUUAACAUGCAAAACGUAUCCUUGUUAUAAUUCAAUCAUAUUCCAACGUUACUAAAUAUGUGUGUGAAACGGUUACAAUUUUAUAAUGAGAAAGUGUAACUAUGAACAAUUUAUUGAACGAAGUAAUAUCUUUUUUUACUUA